UUGACGGAACCGAUGGAGGUGCUGAAGUGGACGGCAAUGCCAAAAAAAGAAGAAAAAAAGAAAAGAAAAAGAAAAAGUCGAAUUCAAAGAUAAAUGGAGCUUUUCUUGUGAGAGGAGUCCGUCGCCUGUUUUUCCCACCCGCACCGCUCAGAGGCAAGAUCAAGAGCCGGCAGGAGGCUCAGCUCCCUGCACCGACGGCGGCGGAGACCCAGCCCCAGCCCGCAGCCUCCUGGGGGGCCCCACCCGCGGCGUGGAGGGAGCAGGAGGCCGGCCCGGCCCCCGAAGUCCUGGCUGUCUCCUCGGUCGCCACGCGGCUCUGGCUCCGGUGUGGGCCCAUGAGCAUCGCCUCCCUCCGUGUGAACCAUGCGCCCAGAGCCUGGCGUCAUGGUCCUCUUCCUCCCGGCCGAGUGCCCUCCUCGGUCACCUCCUGCAGGGACACGGGGGACUUUGUCCCCAGGACACGCCGCGGGCUCCGCACCCACACGUGGCAGGUGCCGAGCCGUGGACCCAGGGCAGGUGUGGCCAGCCACCUGCCGGGGGAGGACAGACCCGGUGCCGGCCUUAAUGGAGCCAGGAGAGGCCGAGACGCGAUGGCAGCCGGCGUCCCUGGUCCCUAUUUGCUCUGCAUCUCCUCGGCUCAGGACCCUGGCAAACUCAGGGACCGAGCCAACGCUGGAGGGGGUCCUGGCUUCCAGAUAACAUCGGCCGGCCGCCCAGCGGAGCCCAGGGUGCUGGUCCCCGGACGGAAUGAGCCAGCUCGGUGCCCCCGGGACAGGCGAGCACAGGGGGCCUCCGGCCUGGGCCACCGCGUCCCAUGGAGACUUCUCUCUCGCUCCGCGAGCCGACGGCGCCCCAUCCCCGGCCCCCCACGGCCUGGGUUCGUCUCCCAGGGGCGUCCUGGCCGCCGAGAAGCCGAACCCCAGCUCCAGGGCCAGGGAGCUCUCAGGGGCGACGGAGAAAGCCGCCCCGCCUCGUGUCCAAGUGAAAUUUGGGAAUCACGUCGACAGACUGUGCCCGGGGCGGCUGCGAGCGCUCGGGCGCCGGAAGCUACACGGGAGCACGUGGGCCUCCCAGCGGCGUGGGGUUCCCGUCUCGGGAAGCCGCCUGAGCACCGUCCCUCCGCGGGGAACUGUCUACGUCCCCCCCGAGAACGGGAGCUUGUUGACCUUUGAACUGAGCUGCGAGCGGAUGAGACGGGAUCAGCUCCGAGCCUGUGGCCGCCUCCCUGUCCGUCCCAGGACGUGCAGGCCCAGGGGACACCCUGGCUGCCAGGGGGGACGGGCCGGAGGGUCCGCGUCGACGGCCCCAGCCCUGCCGCCUCCAGCCGCGCGGCCCUCGCUGUCCUUCACCGGCGAAGGGCCCGCUCUCAGGGUCACAGGCCGGGCCCCCUCCAACGAGCCCCUGGCGAUGGCGGGCUUGUCCGCAGUGGACGGCCAGCUGCCUUCGGUCCCUCUAAGCCAGCGGUUCUCAACCUGUGGGUCGCGACCCCUUUGACGGUCGCACGACCCUUUCACUGGGGCCGCCUGAGACCAUCCUGCAGAUCAGAGAUUUCCAUGACGAUUCAUCACAGGAGCCACAUGACAGUGAUGAAGUAGCCACGAGAAUAAUGUUAUGGUUGGGGGUCCCCACAGCAUGAGGAGCUGUCUUAAAGGGCCAGAAGGUUGAGAACCGCUGCAGCGAAUGGGAUGGCGCCGUGGGAGCGGCUCGGCUCUCCCCGGGGGACCCCCCCCGCGCCCCACCCCGCGCGCUCCUGUCCCCAGCGGCCCCCCCGCUCUGUGGCGGGAGCACAAAAGCAGACACCCUCCUCUGGGCCGUGGGAAAGGCCCGCCCCAGAUGCCGCGAUGCGUGACCUCGGCCCCGGCUCGGGCACUAGAAUGGGCCCUUGUUCUCCGCGGGCCAGGCCUGGCCGGCAGGGUGCCCGCUCCCGGGACACCGUGGGCAUUGAUCCCGGAGGACCGCCCCUCCCGCCCCGGGCCAGGGCCCCACACACCUGUGCGGAGCCGCGGGCAGCGGGCCAGGGGUGCCCUUCUCCCCCCACCCCCGUCCCCCCCGUGUCCCGGCUCUCUGGGCUCCCACGGAGCCUCACCCCGAGCAGGAGGUCAGGGGUGAUCAGAUGGGUCCCCGAGACAGACCCGAGCUGCCCCUCCGUGGGGCGGGGUAUCUGUUUCUGGGAGCAACCACCGCCAGGCUCUGGGGGGGCCCGGGCGCUCCCGGCCCGUCUGCGCCAUCGGCGCGACCCACGGGACCGGGGACAGAGCCGUCUGGCCGGGUGGCAUUGUGUCUGAAAGGGCGAGCCGGCGCCUGGCUUUACAAGCUCCUGUCCUGAGGUUAUCGGGGCGGAUCACCCUCGGGGGGAAUGGAAGGGACACCGUAGGAGGCUUUCCUGGAGCGCAAGGCGCGCCCAUGGCUCCCAGAGACGGGGACCCCAGCCGGGCUGUCCGUUCUCACCGGGGGGGACCGGGGUCUCGCUCUUUGCUUUGCCGUCUUCGGCGCCCGGCCUCCCCCCCCACGUGGCCCAAGGCGGCUGCUGGGGACCCGGCCAUCGCGUCGGCGUCCCCGUCCGUCCGCGGGAAGGAGGCGAGGAGGGCUUCCCGGCUUCCCGCCUUCCCUCUCGGACAUUUCCUGAACUUCACACGCCGGACGCAGGGGGCUGUGUUGGCCAGAACUGAACGCCAAGGCCGCCGCUGAUGUGACAGCGGCCGGGGGACGCGGCCUUUCUCCUGGGUGGCCGUGCGCCCAGAUAACAGAUCAGGGGUGUUUUUUUCACUAAAAAGGGGGGGAAAUGGCUACUGGGGGCUCAGGUCUCUCUGCCCCCCCCCCCGCCUCCUGGGUGGGUCGUAGGCGGGUUUAUGGCACAGGCGUCGCAUUUAGGAUUUCAGCAUUACGAUCAAGACUUGUCUUAUUUAUUUACGUAUUUGUCUGUGUGUUGGUUCAUCUUCACCCGAGGAUAUUUUCCCACUGAUUUUUAGAGAGAGAGGAAGAGAGAGAGGGAAAGACAGAGAGAAACAUCGAUGGGAGAGAGACACAUCGAUGGGUGGCCUCCUGCACGCGCCCCGACCCGGGCCCGGGGCCAGGGAGGAGCCUGCCACCGAGGUCCAUGCCCUUGACCGGCAUCGAACCCGGGACCCUGUGGUCCGCAGGCCGAUGCUCCACCCACUGAGCCACACCGGCCGAGACUUGUUUUAGCCGCACAGACGGGUGAAGGCGGAGUCCAGGUUAGAAACCUGACGGACGGUGCCCAUCCUCCCU